AUGAAGGGUGCACCUAGGAGUUUGGAAGAAUGGCUGUUCUACAAGUUGAUGAAUUCUCAAGGGUUUCACAGGUUUGUACGAAGAGUUUACUACAAGGUCAACGGUAUUAAUCCGCAUCAGAUGGAGCAAACAAGCAGGACUGAUCGACUGUUUCACCCGACAGGUUUACAAAAGUUCAAAGCAUAUCGGAUGCUUUUUUGGGAUGAGGUUAGAUCCGUAGUUGGAUUGCCUAGAAUUACUGAUAAAUACUUAAAAAAAUGA